AUGAGCACAGGCUUAAAUCCCCCGACCAAUGGUAUCUCUUCACGUCGCAAUUCCGCCCGCCCUGAACGGACCUGGAAACGGUCAUUUGAUGCCAACUUUACGGAUCACUGUAUUGACCCAAUCAGUCGGCCCCCUGCCAGUUAUCCAUGCGCUUUGUCAUGCGCCCCAUAUUCUGUAGGCCAAGCCAAAGCUUAUGGAGCCUCUCGUGGGCAGCUGGUCAUCAGACCUCAGCUUGCGAUUCUGCCGGUUGCCGAUCUUUUAGAUGCCUGGCCAACGACCCUCAGACGCCCUCCUGUCAGUCCUUUGCCUAUCGACCAAGCAGGCCUCGCCCAGUUGGCAGCUCCAGAUGGUCAGAAAUCUCUUCCUGGCAGUCUGGCUGCGGAAGUGGAUCCGGAGAGUGAAGGUCUUUCAUCCUUGACUCUGCAGACCACUAACGGGGGCAACUGCAAUGCUGCGUCGACUGAGCUAACUCGAGCACCAAAACAGCAGACUCCACUAACUCCCGCAAGUGGUGUUGACCCUGUUGCCGACAUUUGGAUACAUCCUCCCUCCUCUUCUCUCUUCUACUCGCAUGUUGACGCGCCGAUGGCCAGUUUUCAUGACUACUCAGAUUCACUGGAUCUCAUCGCGGCAGUGAAGUCUGCCGUGGCAUCAACGACGAUAGUGGAGCAUUUUCGGCCUGAAGAGAUGGUCUUGAAAAUAGGCAGGGUGCCGGUAGCAGGACCGUGCAGUAGGACGAAAGGAUUCAAUGAACCGGAACUAAAAUGCAACAAGAACCUUCUUAAGAACAUGGCAGUUGAGAAAAAGUUGCCUACAUCCCAUCACUUAAAUGAUUUUUCAACAAAUCCUUCUAGUAAACAAGGAUCGUUAACUUUGUGCCCCACCUGUUGGCAGACAAGAGAUCUACUCGAAAAUGCCCAAUAUCAAAAUACCUCGAAUACCAACAAUUCAGCCAAACAUAAUAUCCAACAUAAUCAUUCUUCAUCUCAAAAGUCUCUUUUUGGGGAACCAAUAAGCCUGAAAGAUUAUACUCUUGAGCCUACUUAUUCCUCUCACUCUGCUUAUAUUAGUCAAAGUAGCCAGCAGCAUGUUGUUAGAAGUUCAAAUGUUGCUGCAAUUGAUGAAAAUAUGGACUCAGUUAUCAACUCAAAUGGCACGCAUAAGGUCACUUCUUCACGAGCCGUUUACAAAACUCAGGAUGUUAAUUAUGGGAAUCUUCAUCAACUCCAAAGUUCCCUCAAAAUAUCCCGAAGAUCGCCCAUUUCUAAGAUCUCAACGAUUCCUCUCAUCAACGAGUCUGACUCAUUUCCUCUGGGUACUGACAACUUUUCUAGGGCCUCAAUUUACUCUAACACGGCCGUAGGCCCAUCUUUGAGCUCUGCACUAGGAACGAAAGUUUCUACUUCCAGAUCCUGGUCAGUGUUGAACUUCUCUUCACUUCCCUCUUUGAUUCGCUCUAUGUCAAGCACCCCGAGUGGGCCAUUCCGACAAGCAAACUAUGUUUCGCACCGAGUGCCUACACUAUCUACAACAAUUCAUUCCACUUCGUCAGGUGACUUGAUUUUGAAUAGAUGA